AUGUCGACUUUUAUCAAUCUCCAGCUAGGAUGGCCUUCACCCUCGCUGUUUCCAGCACCACAACUUCUCAAUGGAGCCUCCAAAGUUUUGCAGUCAGAGCAGAAGGCCGCCGGCGCUCUCAUUUACGGCCCCGAUGCAGGCUAUGCGCCCCUCCGUCAGAGCAUCGCAGCUUGGCUGAGCUCAUGCUAUUUUACCAGUCAGCCCAUCUCAGCAGAGCGUAUAUGUGUUACGAACGGAGCGUCAGCGAGCUUGCAUAAUAUUCUGUCUAAAUUCACUGAACCUGGGUAUACGCACAGAAUUUGGAUGGUUGAGCCGUGUUACUUCCUUGCUUGCCCCAUCUUCACAGACAAUGGCUUUGAAGGCAGGCUUCGCGGUGUUCCCGAGGAUGACCAAGGCCUUGACAUUGAGUUUCUUCGCAGAGAACUCAGGAAAAUUGAACAGGAUCCGACACAACCAUCGACUCCCUCCCUAAAAACCUCACCAAGAUAUAAGUUGUACAAGCAUAUCAUCUAUGCGGUGCCUACUUUCUCUAACCCAAGUGGAAAGACUAUGUCGCUUCGCCGCCGCCACCAACUAGUCCGUCUUGCUCGGGAAUUUGAUGCUCUAGUUGUCACCGACGAUGUUUACGAUGUCUUACGUUGGCCCGAGGAUGAGGACGAGACCCAAUGCCGGUUGGGCGCAAUUCCGCCACGAAUCGUGGAUGUUGACCGUUUUCUUGAUGACGGACCCAGGAGCGAGUGGGGAAAUGCCAUCAGCAAUGGUUCUUUCAGCAAGAUUGUGGCCCCAGGCGUGCGAACUGGUUGGGUUGAAGGCACACCUAAGUUGGCCCUAUAUCUCUCUGAACUAGGUGCCUACAAGUCUGGGGGCUGCCCAAGCCACCUCACUGCGACAUUUAUUGAGGAGAUGCUCUCUUCGGGACAGCUGCAGGCACAUAUCAAAGAUACGCUAAUCCCAACGUAUCGUUCCAGGUACUAUGUUCUCCGAAACGCUGUCCGUGAUCUUUUGGAACCCCUAGGCUUCAAAACCUCAAUGGGCACAACUUACGGCGAAGUGCUUGACCCUAGCAGCCAGUCAAAUGGGGUGUCGCACGGCACAGUGGCAGUGGCUGGGGGGUUCUUUGUUUAUGUGACUAUCCCAAAUGACCUCCCUGUAUCAUCAGCUGAGCUCUCAGCCUUGGCCUCAGAGAAAAGUAGCCUCAAAUUUGCAUCCGGAUCCAUGAUGGCAGUCGAGGGAGACAAGGGUAGUAUUCAGCGAGGAGACCAAGCUUAUAGUAAGGGCAUUCGUCUAUGCUGGGCAUGGCAUUCCGAGAACGAGAUAUAUGAGGGCAUUGAAAGAUUAACUACUCUUGUCAAGGGACUUAAGAGUGUUGAUGGAUGA